AUAUGACUCGGAGUGUGUUAUGUCGCAAGAACACUAUCUCAUACUUUUUCAUACACUGUCAAAGAGAAGAGAGAAAAAAAGAAGAAGAACAACCCCUUAACCUUAUGGAGUUCUUACCAUUCAGGUCAUGUUGUGCUGGUGCCUCUGUGAAUCCGGCGGCCGAAUCCGCCGCCAGUCCGCGGCCUGUGAAGAGAGCAGGGAACGGCCAGGCGUCUGGUCGCUGGCCAGCGGAAGUAAAGUCGGCGAAAUGGAAACCGUCGCUUUCGGUGAUUACGGAGGAUGGUGUCGUCGCAGAGAUUGGUAGCAAACAGAACAAAGGGACGGUUAGAUCCCAGAAGAAAGCAUCGGACAGAGCCACGCCUCGCGGUCGCGGUGACAAUGCAUCUUAUUGGUUCCGUGGUAGGCUUCAGUCUUUGGAUAACAAUCUUUUUAAGUGGAGGAAAGUUGCAAUACAGAUAGAACCCCCUGCAUCUGCAACGGAACUCAGUGAACGUUAUGCCCAUAUUUACCUAUAGCGAUCAUCACAGUCCUUUAAUAUUUGAAUGAAUUGGAGGAUGAGUAGAUUGAUUGGUAUUUGAGUAUUUUUACAACCUCUUACAACUGGUACAUAUUUCCUGAUCCCAUUUUAUUUC